AUGGAAAUGAACCACAGUGCUACUGCUGAUGUUGAAUUUAUAUUGGUAGGUCUAUCCCAGGAUCGUGGAUAUCAGAAUUUCAUCUUCUGGACAUUCACUUUUAUCUACACAAUGGCUUUGGUAGGCAACUUUCUCCUUAUCCUUGCCAUUGGAACUUGUAGGAAACUGCACACACCAAUGUAUUUCCUUUUGGUCAACCUAUCUGUGGUGAAUGUGUGCUCAAUCUCAGUUACAGUUCCCAAAAUUCUUCAGAUGGUCUUGGACCAAAAAAGGACCAUCUCAUUUUCUGGCUGCAUCACUCAAGUAUUUCUCUUUGUAUGGGCACUGGGGACAGAAAUUCUGUUAUUGUCAUUUAUGGCUUUCGAUCGAUAUGCUGCCAUCUGCCAGCCUUUACAUUACACUGACAUUAUGAGGAAAGAGAUAUGCAUUGGGGUAGCUGCUGGAGUGUGGCUUGUGGGACUGGCCAAUUCUGCAGUUCAUGCUGGGCUUCUGAUGACAUUGUCCUUCUGUGACUCUGAAAUCAUCAACCAUUUCUUCUGUGACCUGCCUCCCCUGUGGAAGCUGUCCUGCUCCAACAUCAGCCUUAAUGAAGCCAUGGCAUUUGCAGCUGAUGUGACCUUCACAAUGAGUAGCUGUACUCUCACCCUGAUAUCAUAUUUGCUUAUUUUGAGAACCAUACUUAAAAUCCAAUCAGUGACAGGAAAGAAGAAAGCAUUCUCAACAUGUUCUUCCCAUCUCCUGGUGGUUAGCUUUUACUUUUCCACCAUCAUCUACACAUAUGCUAAACCUCAUUCCACCAAUGAUGAAGAGGAAUAUAAAACUAUUGCUAUCAUUUACUCAGUGGUAACCCCAGUGCUUAAUCCAAUUGUAUAUUCUCUUAGAAACAAAGAGGUUAAAGAGGCUCUCACAAAAUUUAUAUGUAGACAUCAGUCUUUCCAGUAA